AUGGGCAGUGGCUCAGCUUCACUCUUAUGCUUCCUCUUCGUUCUAACUUUCGCGAUACAUGCACGUGCUGAGCUCCCCGGCACGUGGGAGCUUCUGGUCGCCGACGCCGGUAUCUCCUCCAUGCACACGGCGGUCACACGCUUCAACACGGUGGUCCUCCUGGACCGGACUAACAUCGGUCCAUCGAGAAAACUCCUCCCUAAAGGCCAUUGCCGGUUCGACCGGAACGACGCUGCUUUAAAGCGCGAUUGUUACGCUCAUUCGGUUCAGUUCGACCCAAAAACAAACCAACUCCGUUCAUUAAAAAUCCUCACUGACACGUGGUGCUCUUCGGGUCAGUUCCUCCCAAACGGAACACUCUUACAAACCGGUGGUGACCUCGACGGGUUCAAAAAGAUCCGAAAGUUCGACCCGUGCGACGCAAACGGGUCAUGCGAUUGGGAGGAGCUAAACGACUUCGAAUUGAACGAAGGUCGAUGGUACGCGACGAACCAGAUCUUACCGGACGGUUCGGUAAUCAUCGUCGGAGGAAGAGGUUCCAACACGGUGGAGUUUUACCCGCCGAGGCAAAACGGCUUCGUUUCGUUCCCGUUCCUCGCUGAAACAGAGGACACUCAAAUGGAUAACUUGUACCCUUACGUGCACCUUCUCCCCAACGGUCACCUCUUCGUGUUCGCGAACACGAAGGCGGUGAUGUACGACGUCGCCGGCAACCGCAUCGUGAGAGAGUAUCCGAAUUUAGACGGUGGCCCCAGGAAUUACCCGUCGGCGGGGUCAUCGGCGAUGCUGGCGCUUGAAGGAGAUUACUCCGGCGCGGAGGUUGUUGUCUGCGGCGGAGCUCAGUUCGGUGCGUUUCUUGAACGGAACACGGACACGCCGGCGCAUGGAAGUUGCGGUCGGAUCUUGGCGACUGGACCCGAUCCGGUUUGGCAGAUGGAGGAUAUGCCGUAUGGGAGAAUCAUGGGCGAUAUGGUGAUGCUUCCAAACGGCGACGUUUUGAUUAUAAACGGUGCAAUGUCAGGGACUCAAGGUUUUGAAUUGGCUUCAAACCCGUGCUUGAACCCGGUUCUCUACCGACCCGAUCAACCCGUGGGUUUACGGUUCAUGGUUUUGAACCCGGGCACGGUACCUAGAUUGUAUCAUUCCACUGCGAAUUUGUUACCUGACGGAAGGGUUUUACUUGCGGGGAGCAACCCGCACGUGUUUUACCGGUUCGACGCUGAGUUUCCGACCGAGUUGCGGAUCGAAGCGUUUUCGCCUGAGUAUUUGGCUCUGGAUCGGGCGAAUCUCCGACCCGAUAUUGAGGAAAUACCCGAAACGGUGCGUUUUGGUGGGAAAUUUGAUGUGAUGGUGUCUGUUACGUUGCCUGUGGUGGGAAUCGUGGAAGUGAAUUUGGCUAGUGCGCCUUUUGCCACGCAUUCGUUCUCGCAGGGUCAACGUCUGGUCAAACUAGCCGUUACCUCCGCCAUACCGGACGGCGAAGGAAGGUACCGGAUUGGAUGUACGGCGCCGCCGAAUGGGAUGGUGGCGCCGCCGGGUUAUUACAUGGCAUUCGCGGUUAACCAGGGGGUGCCAAGCGUUGCCCGUUGGAUACACGUCUCGUAGC